AUGGAUAAUCGAUUUUCUGAAGCUAGCACCGAGUUGCUAGGAUGCAUAGCAUGUCUUGAUCCAAAAAAUUCUUUCUCUCGAUUCAAUGAUGAUCAAGUAAUUCGUCUUGCUACUUUAUAUCAUGAGGACUUCUCUGCAAAUGAUUGUUCACGUCUUCCACUUCAACUUAGUAAUUUUAUUGCUAAUGUACGAUGUGAUCCUCAAUUUAUUGCCUUAAGCAACUUAGGAGACGUUGCUACGGAAAUGGUCAAAAGUGGUAAGCAUUUGGUUUUUCCGUUGGUUUAUCGGAUUAUUGAGUUGACAUUGGUUUUACCUGUUGCUACUGCUUAUGUUGAGAGAGCAUUUUCUGCAAUGAAGACUAUCAAGACUGACUUGCGAAAUCGGAUGGGAGAUUAG